UUUGUUCGGGCACAUGAGGGGACAGCUCUUCAGUUGGGGUCCUGCGGGAAGGAAGAGGAAGAUGACGGUUCAUAACUUGUACAUUUUUGACCGCAAUGGAAACUGUUUGUAUUACAACGAGUGGAACCGCAAGAAGCAGGCGGGGAUCUCCAAGGAGGAGGAGUUUAAGCUGAUGUACGGGAUGCUUUUCUCCAUCCGCUCCUUUGUCAGCAAGAUGUCUCCUCUGGACAUGAAGGAGGGUUUCCUGUCCUUUCAGACCAGUAAGUAUCGCCUUCAUUACUACGAGACUCCGAGCGGCCUGAAGUUCGUCAUGAACACCGACCUGUCAGUGACCAACGCCAGAGACACACUGCAGCACAUCUACAGCAACCUGUACGUGGAGUUCAUCGUGAAGAACCCGGUUUGUGCGUCCACGCAGACUUUGGAGAGCGAGCUGUUCAGCAGCCGACUGGACGCCUUCAUCAGAGCGCUGCCGUACUACAGCCCACGAGCCGCCUGAACACACACACACACACACACACACACACACACACACACACACACACACACACACACACACACACACAGUGAGAGUUUUAUUGUAUUUAUUUUGUUUUGUAUCACCAGCAGGAAGCCUUUUUGUCUGAAUCAAACUUAUAUGAAGUCACUCUGACCUUUGACCUCUAAUAAAGUAGCUCUGUGGAAGCUCCUGAA